GGAAUUUGGACUCUGCGUGGGAGUGAUUUGAAAUAAUGUUUCCAAUAAGAAUAGUCGUUUUUAUGAUGUUCAAGUACAAUAAAAAUCGAAAUAAGUUCAUGGAUUGUUAAUUUUCCAUCUUCAGGGUUAAAAAGUUCGAGCAUAUAAGAAGUGCUAGCAAUAGUUCCGAAUGUUAUCAUUAGUUUCAAGGGAAUACUUAUAAUUCUAUCGUUUUCGGCUAUUUUUCUUUUUGAGUACAAUCCCCUUUCUGUGGUACUGAAAUUAGCCAACACUAAAUCCGAUAUGUUUUCCCACCCCCUUUGAAUCAUCCACCUUUUUAAGUUUAUUAUGUACUCGUUAGUUUCUUCUGAAUGGACGAAGAUUUGUUGCCUCUUUUUUUUAUUUCUAGAUCUGUAUGUUCUACCCAUACUAGGUAUAUAUGUAUUAUUUAAAUUGUAAACAUAAAGGCAGCCAAUAUUUAUAUAAUAAUGUUAUAUGUGAAUAUUACAUGUAUAGAUAGAUAUAUUUGUUAUAUGUUCAUGUUAUGUUUAUGCGUUAUAUUUUACCUACAUGUACUUUAUAUACACAUUCACAUGAUAGCACUGGUGUUUGGUUUAUUUAUCUGCAAACAGCAGGAAUCAAACCAAAUAUCGGAUCGGCAUCGUGUAGGAAGCGUUAACAAGAAUACAUUUAAAAAUGCUGCUAUCUCUAUCUUUGCAAAAACCUGCGUUUAGCAAAAUCAUGAUGUUUGGAAAUCCAAAUGCGCUUUUCGGACUUCAUUUGCACAUAACCUCUCUACCUCUGCACGUUUUACGAAUUUUACACAAAAAACGUGCUACCUUACAAAUAGCACUUAACCUUUCUUCAUUGUCUGAAAUACACUGUUAUGGGAAGUUCUGAUUUGGAAAUGACCAGAGGAAUUGAAAAUAAUUUCGAUGAUUUCGGUAAAAAUUUGAAAGUUCUACCUGCUAAUGAUCAAAUAAAAGAAUUACAAACAAUUCUGCGAGACAGGAACACCACCAGAAGUGACUUCAAAUUUUAUGGGGACCGGCUCAUACGAUUGGUUAUUGAAGAAAGUUUAAAUCAAUUGCCAUUUACUGAUUGUAAAGUUAUCACUCCCACUGGUGCUACAUAUGAAGGUUUAAAAUAUAGGUCAGGCAAUUGUGGAGUAUCAAUUGUGAGAUCUGGAGAAGCUAUGGAGCAGGGCUUAAGAGAUUGUUGUAGAAGUAUUCGCAUAGGAAAGAUUUUAGUUGAAUCAGAUAUCGAAACCCAUGAAGCUAAAGUAGUUUAUGCAAGAUUUCCUGAUGAUAUAUCUAAAAGACAGGUUUUACUAAUGUACCCCAUAAUGUCUACUGGGAAUACUGUAAUACAGGCUGUUAAUGUGCUUAAAGAACAUGGUGUUCAAGAAGAGUGUAUUAUAUUAAGUAAUUUAUUUUGUACCCCACUAGCUGCUAAAACUAUUACCAAAGCAUUUCCAAAGAUGAAAAUUCUGACUUCUGAAGUUCAUCCUGUUGCUCCAAAUCAUUUUGGACAGAAGUACUUUGGAACAGAUUAAGACUUCAUUAUAGAAUUUAUACUGUAUUUAAUUUGGGAUUGUGAUUAUUAGUAAUUUGAUUUAUUUAAAAACAAAAAAAUAAUUUUAAUUUGUAAGUAUUCUACAAGUACUUAGGAUGGUAAAUUAGAAUAUAUUUCAGUUUGUUGAAUAUUUCAAUCAAAGUAAGAUAUUAAUUAUAAUAAAUACAUAGCUCCAUAUAUAAAAAGUUGUGCUCUACUUAAGUACCAUACAUUAUAAAAAUUUAAAUAAAAGCAGAUCUGGUAAUUAUCGACUUAAGCAAUGACUCCAAAAACAUAAAGAACUGCAUUUAAAUGGACCUUAGUUACGCAUAAUUUUUGUAUUUUUAUACAAGCAAUAAGAUGAAUCACCUCUUGUUUAUCAACAUUAUAACAAAUGCCUUUUAAAAUAAAUAUAAGUCUACCCCAUAAUUAUGAAAGAUAAAAAAGUACAAAGUUAAACUCUAGUUUCAAAAGAAAUUGCAGUUUCAAUCUAAUAGUUAUUUAUAUUUAUUUUAUGGUGUUCAAAUAGUAUAAAUAAAUAACUGAUUAUCGAAAGUUUCCACCUGGUCUCUCAUUUUUAACUUUUGAAUUUGUUCUUAUUACCUCUGCACACACUUUUUCUGUUUUUAAAUUAAACGAUUUCUUAAAAAAUUGUAUUGUGCAUAUAAAAUUGUAUAAACGUUUAAAACAACUUAUGUUUUGCUGGAAGGGUACAUGGCACACAUUCAAUAAUAGAAUAAAGGUGGAAACUUUUACAAUUUAAAUUUAUUUUUGUUGUAAUAUACGGCACGUUUAUCUGUUUGCCUGUGAUUGUAUUGGUAAAAUUUUAUGUAUACAUAUAAAUUAAAAUAACUUAUUGCAUGUUUUACAGGAGAGUGUUGGUACUCAGUUUAUAAUACAUUAAAGGUGAAAACU